AUGGAGGUUCAGGACUACCAUGUUAUCCUACUUCACGUUCCGGGUGGAGAGCAGAACUUCGUUUAUGACCACACUGCGUUGCCAUUUCCGUGUCCUUUUGAGAUGUACAGCGCGGAGGCCUUUAGGCCGGAUGACAGCCUUCAUCCAGAAUUUCACAGGAAGAUCAGAAUGAUUCGAGCAGAUUUGUACUUGAAGACAUUUGCUUCAGACAGAUCUCAUAUGAAGGAUGCAAAUGGGAAAUGGCAGAAACCUCCUCCUUCAUACCCUUGCAUUGAAACUGCUGGUAAGAUGACAGAGUUCAUAGAAUCAUAGAAUCACCAAGGUUGGAAAAGACCUAAAAGAUCAUCCAGUCCAACC